AUGUACAAGCGGCUGAUGUCAGCGACAACAAUUCGGGUUUUGCACAUCCAUCCUGCCCCCGAAAGGGAUCCUCUCACAUGCAGCCUGGAGCAUCGCGAUCUCGCCAGCAACCCAGAGUAUGAGGCCGUUUCGUACGUCUGGGGAGACUCAGAUGUGUCAUCUUCGAUCACAUGCGAUUUCAAGGUCGUCGCAGUGACUUCUAGUCUGCACCAGGCUCUCCUACGCAUCCGGUUACCGGAACGGAAUCGAACAGUAUGGAUAGACGGACUGUGUAUCAAUCAAACCGACGAUGUCGAGAAGUCACAUCAGGUACGGCUCAUGCAACGUGUCUACCGGAAUGCGCACCGAGUCCUCGUAUGGCUAGGUCCUGAUCUUCGUGGCGAGGCCCGCAACGCAUUCGAUUUCUGUCUUAAGCUGGGCCAGCGUGACAUGGAGCUCGAAGAGCUCGAGACUACAUUGAAAAGCAUGAACAGAUUUCCUGGGGAGUGGUACUUCCUUCGCGCCUUCAGUGAGCGUCCAUGGUGGGGGCGUGUUUGGAUCAUACAGGAAUUCGCACUUGCAAAGGAUUUACUCUUCUUGUGGGGCGCGGAGGAAAUUCAAUGGACACAUAUCAACCUGGCUAUCAGCAACCUCCAGAAGCCAGACGUGAUGUGGCGCUUUACGCCAUACAAGUCUACGCUGCUCGAACCCAUAUCCCGAUUGUCUGCAAUUAAGGAUCAACGCUGCUACGCGACGAGUUUUAUGGGAACUAUCCAUACAGCCAGGGCAUUUGGAUGCUCAGACAGUCGCGAUCGGAUCUUCGCAAUCUUGGGACUAGAAUGCGGUGAUGACCGUUGGGCAGCAGCAGACCCCGCUGGACAUUCGCUAGCUGAAGCUACCAUACCGGACUAUACUUUACCUGUAGAGCACGUCUAUCGGCAAUUUGCUAUUCGGGCCUUGCAGCGAGGUUUGACGGAAGACAUCUUCUUAGCAGUUCAACAUGGGGAACAGCUAGAAGAGUGGCAGCCAGGCGACAUGCCAUCGUGGUCACCACAUUGGGACCUGCCUCUCGUCAAUAAUUUUCCAUUCUGUCACAGACUGCACGAAAUUUGCAAGUUCGCCGGUCUUUCCGUAGAGAGUGGCAUCUCGUUUACGGGAUGCGAUUCCGAGCUGCUGUCUAUAUUACGAACAUACCUCGACCCGCUCGCUAUUGACACUCUCAACGUGCUAAGUGCUACUUUAGACACAAUUGUGGCUCUCUCGGACACCAUGGAGUUUGUGCAGUUCAGACUUCCGGGGACCAUUCUGGAAAGCUUCUGGGAAGAGCAUAUCAGGCCUAGAGAAGCGGACCCUGGAUACAAGGCCGUCAUGACAGACUUAUGUGAGACCACUACCUACUACAUGACUUCCGAAAACCACGUCAGUGCUUUCUACACGAUUUCUCAACACCCGUGGGAAAGAUCUCCGGCAGCGAUAGCGAAAUAUGCAAAAUACGGAGAGUAUGCCAUGCUGAGGUCCAUAGCGCAGCUGCUACUAGAGACGAGCGAGAUAGCAUCUGUAGGAAACCCAGCCCUGCUAGAUAAAGAAAAAGGCGAACAUGGCUAUUUCAAGAGGUUUUACAUCACCCAGCAGGGCUACGUUGGAAUGUGUCCGGCCGCCGCUCAGCCUGGGGAUCAUGUCGCCCUAUUGUGGAACACCGAUUGUCCUAUGAUCUUGCGUCCACAGGAUGACUUUUAUCGUAUCGUUGGGGGCUCAUACAUGGCAGCUGUGAACAGGAAGAAGAUGGAAGGCAUUCCUCACCCACUCGAUGAUCUACUGUCGGGUGGAUUGCAGCCAGAGAAAGGCGUCUCGAGCGGCUCUAAACUCUUCGGGGCUGCCAUUAUCGCUCGCAAAGACCUCACACCAUACACUCUCGCUACGAACAACGAACGCAUCUCACCCCUCUUGCACGGCGAAAUCAACUGCAUCCAACAAUUCUGCACAGUCGACUUUCCUGACUCAUCAACGCGACCUCAUCCAGCCAAAGACUGCAUCUUCCUCGCUACCCAUGAGCCAUGUUCGCUGUGUCUGAGCGGCAUCACAUGGGCUGGUUUCAACGAGUUCUAUUAUCUGUUCACGUACGAAGAUAGCCGGGAUCUCUUCGGCAUCCCUUACGAUAUCGACAUUUUGCAAGAGGUGUUUCGGGUCCCAGGGGAGGGCGAGAGUGAAGAGCAGGUACAAAGCAGGCAGCUUUACAAUCGUAAAAACAAGUUCUUUACCGCGAAGAGCUUUGCCGAUGUCGUUAGGGAGGUCGAAGAUGAGAGCGAGAGGAAGCGGCUACUGGGUGAGAUCGAUAGGGUCAAGAGUCUAUACAACAGUCUGAGUGAGACUUAUCAGAAGGGGAAGGAGGCGGGGGCAGAGAGUUCAAGUGUGUGGAAGUAG